AUGAAUGCACAACAAGUUACGCUUGAACCCAGCUCCUUGUAUGUCUUCACACAGCCGCUACUUCACGGCGCCUUUCAUUGGGCCUUCAUACAUACCGACGCACAUAAUCAUGCAACCAUACAUCACUGGGCAGAGCAGGAUCGAGGUCCCUAUGCAGAAAGCUACCGCAUGCAGGAUCUCGCUGCAGGUAUGAACAAGCUCCGCAAUGCGCCUGUCCUCGGAUACUUCAAAGUCGAAGGAUAUGCCGCCGUAGACCUCUCGAUCUUCGCGCGUAUAUGCCAGGACACGUUCCCCUCUGGGUGGGCAACCGUGCAGCAAAACCGUGCGCGCGGCCUCUCUUGCCGCACGUGGGUCGUGGCAGUGUUGGCGGGCAUGAAGGCACAGAGGCUCCUCAGCCGACGAGAUUCAGCGGAAGACAUCGAGCGCGCGAUCAAGACCCGCAGUGCCGAAUUUGAUGUGAUCUACAUGAACGACUUCCUCUGGCAGAGAGCAUAUCAAACUGUCGUCAUAAGCAUCUGA